UAGACCGAGGCACAGACAUGGUCUCAAUGGGGAUACCUGAGCUGACUACACUGACUGUGCUAGUUAGUGGCGGACUCCACUAAGCUGGCAGGCUGACUAACAGCCUGCUGCCUGGCCUGCAGGCUGUGGAUGCUGUCAGCAUCAGAUCUGUAAAUUGGUUGUAAACUCAAUCGACAUUUGGAAAUUAUUGCCCAGGGAUAGAUAGCUUUAAAAAAUAAAUAAAAUGUUUUCAGAAAUCAAGUGUUCAGAUAGAUGUGAUUAGCACAUUUCAUAUUUUCACUCUUAAUAUAUUGAGAACAAAAGUGUUGGGUGGAGUAGAUUUAAGUUACCAAUACUUUUGAUACCAGUACCAAUACAACUGCUGCACACAUGUUAAUAAUGUGUCAUAACUCAAUAUACUGUGGAUAACAGUGGCUUAUGUCUUAAGUGUUCAGACAGUCUUCCAACCAGCUAUGCUAAAUGCUCCUAUACAGUAAUGUAGGGUGAAACUGUAACUCUCUCUAUUGGUGCAAAAAAGCCAUAACACAACAAAAUUGUGAACCAGGCUUAAAAGCGCUGUAACACUAACCAUUGUGUUCAAACGGAGGCAUUAGACAUUUACAAUGUACAGACUGGAUUGUUUUGAAUCAGCAUGCUUUGCUUCAAAUGUACAAAGUUAAUUGCUCAUUACUAAACAUUGAAUACAAAAACAUAUUCACGCUGAUCGUUGUAAAAAUGAAUUAUUCCACUCUAAAUGUAUGGGGAGACUUUGUAACAAUAGCACAAACUGUGAUAAUGAAGGAAUCAAGAGAUUGAAUAGAUUUUUUCCCCCAACCUUUCUGUCAUUAUUAUCCCUUAGAAUUCUAUUGAUACUGGCUGGCCUGGAAUAUUGAUAGAUUAUUAUGAUGAUAAAAGUAACAAAAUAUCCCAUGAAUAAACUGUGGUGUAUAUAUUAAUAAGAAAACGCUCAUAAUGUGCAAGACAUGAUGGCACGCGCACAGAGGUCUUCUGCAAGAUGUCUAUCGGAUGGUGAUGAGAGAUCUGAUUAGUUGAGGAGAAUUAGGGGCCGUACCAGAAUGUGGUCCCUUCAUUUAUAAGCAUCUUGAAAAUGUAUAUCAUAUCUCUGCAGUUUAUGGUGUGAGAAGUUGCAACCAACUACGAAAUCGGCCGGUCAUGGAGGUCAAUGGGUGCGAUGAACAUCAGAAUUAUGAAAUACUUGCAGAGAUAGGCGAAGGCGCAUAUGGCAAGGUGUACAAGGCCAGAGAGGUCCGCGAUCAACAGCGACUCGUAGCGGUGAAGAAGUUGAACAUACCCGGACACACGGAGAGUGGGAUUCCUGCUUUCAUGAUCCGAGAGGUGGCGCUCUUGCGUAAGAUCGAGUAUUUCAACCAUCCCAACAUUGUAAAGUUGUUGGACGUAUCUGCUGGUCUGAAGAACAGGAGUUUGGACCUGACGCUGGUGUUUGAGUACAUCGACCAAGACCUGUCUACCUUCCUCACCACGGUCCCCAGCACUGGACUGAGUCUUGACAAAAUUAAGGAUGUGAUGGUGCAGCUGCUGCAGGGGCUGGACUUCCUGCACACCAACAUGCUGGUGCACCGCGACCUGAAGCCGGAGAAUGUACUGGUUAGUAGCCGUGGAGAGGUGAAGAUCGCUGACUUUGGGCUGGCACGCAUCUACACCUAUCACAUCGCCCUUACACCCUGUGUAAGUCUACAGAGUAGAACAUCGUCCUUUCAAUGCACAAUCUGUUCAAUUGUCACAGUGCCAUUGUCCCCCAGCCUAGCUAAGGUGGUGACACUGUGGUACAGGGCCCCCGAGGUGCUGCUCCACUCUGGUUACAUGUCCUCCGUGGACAUGUGGAGCGCUGGCUGCAUUUUUGCCGAACUGUUCCUUUUGAGACCGUUGUUCCGUGGAUACACUGAGGCUCAGCAGCUCCAGAAAAUCUUUGAGGUGAUUGGCUUGCCCAGCGAGGAGGACUGGCCCAGGGAGAGCCCCAUCUCAUACUCCCGUAGCUGGUGCCCCAGAGACCCCUGCACCCAGCUCUUAUCCAACCUGGGCCAGGAGGAGAACAACCUACUCCUUCACACACUUGCUCUCUGCCUGCCAGCAAUGUCUAGAGUUCAGCCCGACCAAUCGCAUCUCAGCUUCCAGAGCCCUCUCCCACCCUUUCCUAGUGUGCGCCUGAGGACUCAUAACCUGGCAGGAUGUGGAGAGGAUGGAGGAGAGCUGGGACAGAGGUUAAUUUCCCUUGGACUUAUUUGUUGGGCUCCGAUGGGGUGCGACAGUUGAACUAAGCUAAUUAGGUAUUUAUAAGUUAUAUUCUUUAACAAUCAAUGGGUAUAGAUCAUCAAUUUAAAAGUCAAAACAUUUAUGUAGCGUUUGCUCUUUAAAGGUAAUUUGUUCAACAUGAAAAUCCAAAUCUUGACUGGUUUUAUCUGAAAUGCAUUUCUGAAGACUAGUUUCGUAUUAUGAAAAAACACAUUCAUAUCAAGCGAUGUCAACUGCAGUUCCUAUGGCAUGAAAACCCAAAGUGGAAGGAAAAGGAAAGUUGACAGUAAUUUAAAUGACAAGAAAUAUAUUGCUUUACUACAACAAAUUAGUUUAUAGCUAGAAUCCUUAAUUGCUACAUCCAUUUUUUUUUUUACUUAUAAAUGAAUAAUACAUACCCAUUCAUUCUUGAAGAAUAUAACUUUACAAAUGCCUCAUGAGCUUAGUUCAACUGUUGUACCCCAUCAGAAACCAAAAUAUAAGCUUGUUUUAUUCCAAUGUUUGUGAACGAUGUAAAUGUAAACAAACACUGUAUAACCUCAAAACAUGUUUAAACCGAUCAUUUUCAUAUUAUAGAUGGUCAGUCCUUGCAUCCAUAGCUCUGUCUUUGAAUUUGAGAGUAGUUACAUGUCCCCAGGCCCAUCCCUCAGCUUUUAACCGAAUCAGAGGUGGGGUGGCCACUUUGUUAUUGUUUCAACAAAACAAAAACAAAUGCAUUGUUGCUUGAUUUGUUUACCACUCUGUAUUUGACACCAGGAAGUAAGAAUGCAGUAACAAGAGCUGCUAGAACAUUUUGCAGGAGAACAAAAUGUUAAUAAUUCAGAAUGUGUAUGCUUUACUUUAUUACUGAGGCGUAUUGUUGUUACAAGUGAUGUUAUUCAUCUGAGGUUGCUGCAAGUGGAUGACUGCUGUAUGAGCAUAUAAGUGAAUGCAUUAUGUUUUAUAUUGUUCCAACUGCACCUUUGGUUCUUAAUGGCCCUUUUUUUAUUUCAUAUAUAUUCUCUGUUUAGAUACUUGGAAAGGUCAUACCUGUGCAUCUGUUUUAUUGGCCAUAACAUACACUUUUUUUCAGUUUUGAGGUGCAAUUUUAAUGUUAGGGGCAUUUUGUUUCAGGACAGAGAACAUUCUGUGAUCUUGUUUUAUUUGAUCAAAUGUAAAUUCAUUUGAUUAUUAGUACUUUCGACAGUGUUACUGUCUUCAUUUCAUUCAUUCAAUUGAGUGGUACCUGUUAUUGGACUUGGUUUGAUUUCACCCACAUCUUACAAGUAUUUUAAUGAAGAUAUUUUCACAAUAUCA